AAUAUUGUCGGAAAGCAUACAAGAAAACUAAGGCUACAAAGAUGGAAGAGAGAACAGCAACCAUUUGUCAGAGAGAAAAUUCUUUCUAUGUUGAUACUGUCAGGGCAUUCAGAGAUAGAAGAUACGAGUUUAAAGGCCUAGUGAAGGUGUGGAAAAAGAAGUUGUCGGAAGCCCAAGAUUCAGGGGAUGCUAGUGAGAUUAAGAAAGCUAAUGGAAUGGUAGUGUUAUACGACUCUCUUCAGCUGGCACAUAAGUGCAUUCUUAAUUCCUUCUAUGGAUAUGUCAUGAGGAAAGGGGCACGUUGGUACAGUAUGGAGAUGGCUGGAAUUGUAUGUUACACUGGAGCUCAUAUCAUCACUAAAGCUAGGGAAAUUGUUGAACAAAUUGGUCGACCAUUGGAGUUGGAUACUGACGGUAUUUGGUGUGUAUUACCUGCUACAUUUCCGGAAAAUUAUGUUGUGAAAACUACAAACCCUAAAAAACCAAAAGUGACUAUUUCUUAUCCUGGAGCGAUGUUGAAUGUGAUGGUAAAGGAUUUCUUCACUAAUGAUCAGUAUCAAGAGCUUGUGGAUGCUGACACACUAGAGUAUAAAGUGCGGAGUGAGAACUCUAUUUUCUUUGAAGUAGAUGGACCAUACCUUGCAAUGAUACUGCCGGCAUCCAAGGAAGAAGGAAAGAAAUUAAAGAAAAGAUAUGCUGUAUUUAAUUUUGAUGGAUCGCUAGCAGAGCUUAAAGGAUUUGAAGUGAAGCGACGAGGAGAGUUAGAAUUAAUCAAGAUUUUUCAGUCCUCGGUGUUUGAAGCUUUUCUGAAGGGGAAAACACUGGAUGAGUGUUAUGCUGCAGUGGCCAAGGUUGCAGAUUACUGGCUUGAUGUAUUGUAUAGUAAGGCACAAAAUAUGCCAGAUUCUGAAUUGUUUGAACUUAUAUCAGAGAAGAGAAGUAUGUCUCGUAAACUUGAAGAUUAUGGUGCUCAGAAAUCUACAUCAAUUAGUACAGCAAAAAGACUUGCAGAGUUUUUGGGUGAUCAAAUGGUAAAGGAUGCUGGUCUUAGUUGUAAAUUUGUUAUUUCCAAGAAACCAGAGGGAGCUCCAGUCACUGAAAGAGCUGUUCCCUUAACAAUAUUUGAGGCAGAGCCAGGAGUUAAAAAACAUUAUUUGAGGAAGUGGCUGAAAGCACCAGGAAUCACCAGCUUUGAUAUCAGAGAGAUCAUUGACUGGGAGUAUUAUAUAGAAAGACUUGGAGGAUGUGUGAUGAAGAUUAUAACUAUUCCUGCAGCUUUACAAAAUGUGUGUAAUCCAGUACCUCGUAUUGCCCACCCAGACUGGUUACAGAAAAAACUGUUGGAAAGAAACGAUGUUUUCAAGCAGAAAAAGAUCAGUGAAAUAUUUGCUGCAGCUCCUAAGCCAGUUCAACAGGAUGAAGAGAAUGUAUUUAAGAAACCAAACAAUGUUGCUGAUAUAGAAGACAUUGGGUCCAGUAACAAUACAGGAUCUAAAGUUGCUGUAUCAAACAAACGUAGACGGUCGAGUAAUGAGAUGUCACAAAGUCAAGAUGAUUCUCAAACAGAUAGUAGUCAGUCAUGGCGUGAUGUUCUAGGUCCACCACCUCCAAUUGGAACUACUAAAGAAGAGAGGAGAGUCUGGCUUGAGUUUCAUAAAAAGAAAUGGAAGUUUCAAGUUGAAGAGAGACGAGAACGCAAGAGAAGGCGUAUAGAUUUUGGUGAUACUUCUUCUUCUUUUGCCCCAGUCACUUCUAGUCACAGAGGUAUAGGAGGUUUCUUAAGAAGAACUGCUCGCAGUGUUAUGGAUAUGCCAUGGCAAAUUGUACAGCUGAUAGAAACAGGUCAUCCAGGACAGUUCAAACUUUGGGCUUUAAUUGGAAGUGAUCUGCAUGCCAUGAAGCUGAACGUUCCUCGAAUGUUCUAUGUUAAUCAGAAAUCACCGAAAGUUGGAGAAGGCCAUAUGUGGAAAAAGGUAAUAAAAACAUUGCCAAGAUCCCAUCCUGUGAUGAACUUGUAUGAGUAUUCUGUACCCGAAGAUGUGUACCAGGAACAUAUAAAUGAAAUAAGUGCUGAUCUAUCAUCCCCCGAUAUAGAGGGAGUUUAUGAAACACAAGUGCCUCUCUUGUUUAGAGCACUUGUUAAACUUGGCUGUGUGACAAUGGUGAAUCGAGAUUUUGCAAAAUUUAUGUCUGGGAGGGAGAUAGAUACAUUUGAGUUGGAGCAUUUAGAAUUUCGGACAUUGGCUCAGUUCUCAUACCUGGAACCAUCAUCAAUUAAGCACCUUUAUCUAUAUCAUCAUGUAUGUGGUUCAAAAAUGCUGUACGGGUUAUUUUUCCCAAUGUCGAAGAAAGGUACUAUAUUGGUAGUGGACACUGUCCGAAGUGAUCAGAUGCCUAACUUAAACACAAUGUUUAAUACAGAGAGAAAUGCUAAAGUAUUGAAAGGUGUGGACGAGACAAUGCUGCCAGAGAGCGGGCAUAAGCUAGAAUAUAAGUUGGAGAAGAAUGUAAGCCAAGUGUUUAGAACUAUACAGAGAAUGUUGUCAGCAUAUAAAGAUGAGAAAAGAGGACCUACUUAUAUAGCAGUUCAAUCAGUAACAGAUUUUUCUCAUCUUAUUGUUGACAUGCCAGGCUUGGGAGAAUUUCCUCUUGUACCUUUACAUAUUAAAGAUAGUGAGACUAUGUACAAUGUAUUAGACUGGCAAAGAGUUGGCUGUCGUAGAAUGUUACAACACUAUAUGAAUGUUGAUGUUAUCCUGAAGGCUAUGAUAGAACAGUGUCGGUACCUACAUAUUCCUGUAGGAAACUUCCCCAAGGACAUCACAAUGUUUGGUUGUGAUGUAUUCUUUGCAAGACAUUUAAAUAAGCAUAACCACAUACUAUGGUCAUCACCUACAGAACGACCAGAUCUUGGAGGUAAGGAGGCAGAUGAUAACAGAAUAGGUAUAGAGGUAGAAAAUCUCACCACACAGAUCAACAACCCUGCUGCCUAUUCCACUGUUUGUGUGGAACUAGAUAUUGGAAGCUUAGCUGUCAACACUAUUAUAGAGUUAUACUUAUUCUACAGGAUAUUAAAGAGUAUGGUACAGAGCUGGGUCCGUGAUGUAACAAUACACUCUAAUGUGUUUGCUGAUAAUCAGAUUAUACAUUUCUACAGAUGGCUUCGUAGUCCAUCGGCCAUGCUGUAUGACCCUGCUUUGAGAAGGACCUUACACAAUAUGAUGAAAAAAGUGUUCAUGCAGUUGAUGGGUGAAUUCAAGAGGCUUGGGUCAAACAUUGUGUAUGCCAACUUCAACCGUGUAAUUCUCUGUACAAAGAAGAGACGACUGUUGGAUGCCCUAGCUUAUGUAGAGUAUAUCACAAACAGUAUAAAGACGAAGGAACUGUUUCACUUGAUAGAAAUGUCAUAUGAGCAGUGCUGGGAAUACCUUAUGUGGCUAGACCCUGCUAACUAUGGAGGCAUUAAAGGUAGUCUGCCGUCCGAAGCAGAGGUGGAGCAGAAGGCACCGGAAAUGGUGGAGGAAGAUCAGGGCGACAGUGAUGAGGAAGAACGUGUUAUAGAGAAUGAAGAGUUAAAUCAGUCUGACGGUGAGAAUGAACCAGAAAUAGAAAUGAAUUGGAAUAUCAUGCAGUUCCUUCCGGAAGAUGGGGCAUGCCAGACAAAUUUUAAUAUGAUAAUAGCUGGCUAUAUCCUGUCAGUGUACAGCAAUCUACAGGAGGAACAACAGCGUUUGACACCAGGCAACACACCAAUUGGUCGUCGCCGUAACAACAGUACUCCAGCAUUACUGGAUGCAACAACUACACCAUCAGCUGUUAGCUUUGCUCAAAAUCUUAUACAGGGGGAACUAGCUCAACAAAUGUUUUCAUUAACACAAAAGAUAGACAAGAAAUUGAGUGGUAAUCGUGGUAAGAACAAUAUAUCGGAGUUGUUUCCAAGACCACCGGGAUCAUAUCUACCAUUGAACAACCCAGCAUUGGAGUUUGUAAAAUAUAUUUGCAAGGUGUUGUCAUUGGACAGUAAUAUUACAAUACAAGUGGCCAAAUUGCAGCGAGAUCUGCUCAAGUUGAUUGGUGUGGGAGAGUUCUCACCAGAAGCUUUGUUCAAAGAUCCAUGUCUAUCAUAUGUUCUACCAGAAGUUAUAUGUAAGACAUGCAAUCAUAUUCGAGACCUUGAUCUCUGCAGAGAUCCCUAUCUUAGUCAGUCAUCAGGAUGCACAGUGUGGUCCUGUAUACAAUGUAAGUCGGAGUAUAAUCUGUUUGAGAUAGAACAGUCUCUCAUAGAUUCCUUAAACAGACACUCUAUGGCUAACGUACUACAAGACCUACAGUGUGUCAAGUGUCAUCAGAUUAAGGACAGCAACAUGAGGACUUACUGUACAUGUGCGGGAGAGUACAGUAAUACCUUGACAGCAGACGACCUUGGCCAACAGCUGAAAACAUUUAGAGGAAUAGCAAGUCAUUAUAACAUGGUUUUACUAGAAGAGACAGCCAACUGGAUAUUGAAGUUGAAUCCACAGAUCUGUGAUUGAGACAAUUCAAUGAACAUUUUCAGAUCGUUUCAAUGAUAUUUUGUGUAUAGAUGUAUGCAGAAUUGACUUUGAUGUGUGGACCAUGAGUGAUAUUUUCUAUUUAUUAAUAUUGAUGAUAAAAUAUUCAUCUUUAUAUAUAUGUAUAUAUAUCAUGAAUGUCUUGUACAACAUUUUCAGUGCUUAAAUAAUAUAUGUUAUAAGUGAGGUGUGUGAUACAAUAUGUAGAUAUAUUGCAUUUUGUCAUAUAUAAUAAAGUUUUGUAUGAAAAUGUAAA